AUGGACGCCAGAGGUGUCUGUUCUCCGCUGCUUGCAGAGUCAGACGCUCAAAAUAACACUAUUAGUACCCCUAACGCGGCUUCUGUCACAGAUGCUGACAAAGUAAUAAACACUAAAACAGAUAGUACCCAGGUUGAAGGAGACCAGAGCGAAGAGGAGCUACUAAAGGGUCUCCUCACUGACGACUACUGCCAUGUGUGCGAGGCUGUGCUGCUCUUUGAAUCUCAGCGGCUGUCCCACUAUGAGGGAAAGAAACAUGCUCAGAAACUCAGGGUGUACCUGCAGGCCAAGAGAGCCGAGAAGAUGAACACAGACACCACAGGACCCCAGCGGAGCAUGACUACUGAUAAGGACCAUUUCUGUGAGCUGUGUAACAUGGUGUUUAGUUCCCACGUGGUGGCAAGAUCACACUAUGAAGGCAAAGUCCAUGCAAAAAAUCUUCGUAAACAAGGUCUUCAACCCACAGUUAUAGACAGGUACGCAGAGGUGAAUACUUUACCAAGUCUGACUCGGGAUCCUGAUAAUGUGGACCAGAAAUCAGUCCCAGAGGAUGUUGUGGAGGAGCGUCCGGACCCGACAGCUACCACAGAAACCCCCAGCACCGAGGUUGAUCUCAAAGACCCAAACAAGUACUGUGCCCUGUGUGCUGCUUCCUUCAACAAUCCCCAAAUGGCUUUACAGCACUACAAUGGACGCAAACACCAGAGGAAUCAGACCAGACAGGAGCUGCUCAAAGAGCUUGGAGAUGAUGUCCAACAAGCCAACUCCCUCAUGUGUCAGAUGUGUAGCGUGCAAUUUAACUCUGUGGAGAUGUACCAAGCUCACAUGCAGGGAAACAAACACCAAAUAAGGGAGAAGAAGGUCGUUGACCUGUGCAACUCCCAACAAAAAAACUACAGCACAUUUGCAGAUGAACUGUCAGAUUACAUUCAGGUUCAGAAGGCUCGUGGAAUCACCCCUAAGACCGGUCAAGCCCAUGCUCUGGCUGGCGAGGAUGAGGAAGAUGAAGAAGAAGAGCAAGUAUUAAACAAGGGCGACAUCAUAGAACUGAACAAACCUGCUCCCAACUUCCCUCCCACCUCUAACCCUCCUCAUCACUCCCGCCUUGGUUGUUACAACCCAGCUGAACGGUGGCAUCCUCCAUAUCAGGACCCCUCUUGGCCAUCCCACGACUUGGUUUACAAGUGCCCUCCUCCAGUCCUUCCAGGCCCAGGCUCUCCACUGUUCAUUAGUCGACCCUUAAAGAGAAGGAGGCGCAGAAAGCAGUCAAGCUCCUCCUCAUAUAUUACCUCAUCAUCCUAUUCCUCCUCGUAUUCCUCCUCCUAUAGCAGUAGCACAAGUGACAGUGAUAAUGAAGACAGGCGCAGAAAAAAGAGGAGGAUUAGAAGAUCGAGGAGGGAGAGAGACAAGAAGGCAAGAGAUGAGGACUCAGACAAAGAUGAGAAGAGGAGAAAGCAGCGGAGGAGGGAAAGAGAUAAAGAGUCAGAGGAGAGGAGAAAAGGGGAAUCCGGAGAGUCAGAGGAAGAGAGGAGGAGAAAAAAGUGUAAAAAUCAUGGCAAGCGGAGAAGACGAGAUAAGAAAUCCCGAGAGGAGGACUUUGAGGCAGUAGGAGGGGAAAGGGUGAUGGACAAUUUAAUGGCAGAAGAUAUGACGGACAAUAGAAAAGAAACUGAAGUGCAUAUUCAGGCUGAAAUGAACGUUGAGCAAGGGGAUGGUGGACAGGAUGGGCCAGCCAAAUCCAAACAUAGGAAAGAGAAGAAGAAAACGAAAGAGAAAGUAGAUACUAGGACAGAAGAGGAGAAGCUGUGGGACGACUCCAUUCUAGGCUGUUAAACUCAGACGGCCCAGUUUAACUAGUCUUUUGAACUGCUGAUAUUUAGGCACAACAUGAAGUGAUCACUCGCAUGAGAUUGGAAAUCUCAAACUGUACAUUAACAUAAUCUUUAUAGCCAUUAACAAAGCAGUUUUUACUCUCUGCACUGACAGCCCAAGUGUGUUCUCUAGAGGUGUGCUAGCUGGCUAGCCAUGUUUAGUCAAUUUGUGUUUGUAAGGAAUGAAUGGAUUCCUCUCAUUUCAGAGUGUUGGAGAGGUUUCUCACACAUAUCUACAUCUAUAAUAGCUUUAUUUUUCACUAUGACACUUAAUAGGUCUUUGUUGAAUUACUUUGCACAUUGUUAAUAAUUGUUGCCUGUAAAAUUUAAUAUUCUUUUAUUUUCUUGCCUAUCAUUUAAAAUGAUGAAGUCCUUUUGACCUCUAAUACAUCAAUAAGUUAAAUUAUGUAUCUGUGCUUCUGACAAGGAUUUGAUAGAUUGUGAACCCUGUGGCAGCCUGCGGUUGGCGCUGUUGAGCUUCAUUCAGAGCACCAGUAAAGCGAAUAAAAGCCCAUAGAUGUUA